GCCCGCCUCGCGCACCCGGGCGCGUGCGCAGCUGGUGGAGGGGCCGGAGCGCUUCCCUCCCUGCUCAGCAGCGGCCCCGGGCGGGGGAGCGGAGCGGGACGGGAGGGCAGGGGAUGUCGCAGACUGCCAUGUCCGAGACCUACGAUUUCCUGUUUAAGUUCUUGGUCAUAGGAAAUGCUGGAACUGGAAAAUCCUGCUUACUACAUCAAUUUAUUGAAAAGAAAUUCAAAGAUGACUCAAAUCACACUAUAGGAGUGGAAUUCGGUUCAAAGAUCAUAAAUGUUGGUGGUAAAUAUGUAAAAUUGCAGAUAUGGGAUACAGCAGGACAAGAGAGAUUCAGGUCUGUAACAAGGAGCUACUAUAGAGGAGCUGCAGGUGCUUUGCUUGUCUAUGAUAUAACCAGCCGGGAAACCUACAACGCACUUACCAAUUGGUUGACAGAUGCAAGAAUGUUAGCAAGUCAAAAUAUUGUGAUAAUACUGUGUGGAAACAAAAAGGAUCUUGAUGCAGAUCGUGAAGUUACUUUUUUAGAAGCAUCCCGGUUUGCACAAGAAAAUGAGCUGAUGUUCUUGGAAACAAGUGCACUAACAGGGGAAAAUGUUGAAGAGGCCUUUGUACAGUGUGCAAGGAAAAUACUCAAUAAAAUUGAAUCAGGAGAACUGGAUCCAGAAAGAAUGGGCUCAGGUAUUCAGUAUGGAGAUGCUGCCUUGAGACAGUUGAGAUCGCCACGUAGAGCACAAGCACAAAGUGCUCAAGAAUGUGGGUGUUAAAGAAAGAAAACACAAAUUCCCGAAUAUUCACUUUAGAUACAGAAGCUGUCCUUGCAAAUGGUGUUUGAAGAAGGAGAUGAAGCUUGAAGGCUAUGCGGUUUUUAAAAACACCUUUCCACUAUCUACAAAUGGAGCAGACCACUGCUGGCAGAAAGGUGUACCAUGUGGUGUGGGGCAGGGAUGUUCACAUGACACAAGUCUGCAAAGUGAACUUGGUAAUUGGAUGGACAAUAUUAAAACUCAUGCCUGUAUGUAAACAUUCACCAUUACCUAUUUUUGGUCUUUCAUCUCUAGUUUAAAGGAUUGCUAUAUACUGUAAAUAAUGUAACAGUAAAUUUACAAAGCAUGGUAUACUUAUGUAUGCUGAUAGAAUGUUGCACUGCAAGCAGUUUAAUAUUUUAUUUUUUUAUCAUAUAAAGAAAUUUAACUGAGGUAGGCUUGGUUAUGUUUGUUUGUUUGCCCAAUAGCUUAUAUUUAUGACCGGAAUUGAAAAAACAGUGGCACUGUCCGUGAAGGGUGGUUGUGUUAUUUUUUUUCUACUUUGUUUGCCACGUUCACUUUCUGGCAUAAUUUAUUAUUAACAUAUGUUUAGGACACAUACUUAUGUUAACUAAUAUGUCGAGUUGGAAAAGUAAUUUUCAUUUAUGUUCACAUGUCCUAUUUUGUCACAGUUCUUAUAAACUUCUGAAGCUCUUUUAUCAAACUUCAAAAGUUUAGAAAAAAAUACUGUUAAGUCUCUCAAAUGGUUGUUGACUGACUUGGAUUUGGGAUUUUUUUGUUUUCUUGGUCCUGAUGUUUUGUAUAUCACUGGCAUCACAAAGAUGGAAUAUAGAUGUGAACAGAACUGUUUAUUCUCUAUGUGUGUUGUAAUUCUAGGGCAGGGGUAUGGGCUUGUGGAGAAUUGUCACAGUAGGAGUUCUCCUAACCUGUAUCACAAACAGAGCAAUCAGCUGUGGAAAUAGGACCUCUGUUGAAGCAUACCUGGUGACGUACAAACUGAACCCAAAUGAAUCUAAAUUAUCCUGAAUGUAUGAAAUUUAAAAUACAUUUCUUUUUCUUAAACAUUCACGAGGCACAAUUAAGAACUUUCAUUUAAAAAUUAGACUUUAAAAUUGGGAACAUACAGUCUGUCUUGCUUGAGCACUACCUUUGAACUUCAUUUGAGUGCAUGUGUAAUGUUGUCCAUAUUGCUUCCAGGAGACUUGUGUGAUGGAAGGAAAAAAACAAGUGUACUACAUAUGUAGUUCUUUCCUCCUGUGAAACUCAUCAAGAGGAAUUUCAGCCUUAGUACUUACUUUUUAUUAUUAUUACAGUAAGACACUUAAUUAAGACUUUCUUUCCUGCCCUCUUUUUGUCAUGGAAAAGAGGCAUGGGGCAAGAGAAUAGAAAUCCUGCCCUCAUUCCUCAACUGGAGGCUUGCAGAGGCUCCAAAAGGGAGGACCAAACCAUAAGUAUUGCAUAUCAUUUUUAUAGUGCCAGGUAAGAGACACGGCUUUUCCUUUUGUCAGAUAAGAAGCUGCAGAAUUAAGCUAUUGUCUCUGGAGGAAGCUGAAUUCAACCAGCUGAAGGAGGCAAUUUCACUUGCACUGAUGGAAAUCACUAGUGACAUUUUUACUUAGUUACUUGUAUAACUAGAAAGGGGAUAUCUCCUCCACCAAUCCAGACUGAGAUGUGUUGCAUUUCUUACAGUAUUAGGGAGGAGUGUUGGUUCUGAAAGCCCAAACCAGUUCUGGAAUGGUUGGAAAAAUGAGAUUUUGAGGGAGCCUCUUUGUUUCCUUACCCCAAUCUAAUCAGGUUUCUUGAUACACUGACAGAAGUGAAAGCGGAACACUUAUCAGCUGGGACAUAGCAAAAGUAAAGCCAAAGGUCCUGUCACCAUUACAGUGGUUGAAAUGGUGAUUGCUGUUGAUCAAAACUUCUUUCCAUUGUUACAGUAGCAGUUGACAAGAGUGGGAGACUGGUUACUUAAUUCUGUUGCUUUUAAAUAGAAAUUUUAGGAGUUUGGUAGGGAUUUUCUUAUAUUUCUUCCUGUCCUUUUCCCUUUGCAUACAACUCUGGCCUCUUUUGUAUACUCGGUUCUUAUGAUCAUUUUGGUCCAAGUAUCUGUGGUUAAAAGCAGUAAGCACAGUUUUAUUCUUCCUUUAACCAGCUGUCUUAAAUGUUCCCUUUUGUAUCUGGAAGGAGAGAAUAGUGUCAUAAUAAUGAGUUUCGAUAUAUUUUUAACUUUUUUUAAUGUAUACUCUUACUGUAUACACAUUAACCAGGUUAAUGUGCAUAUUUUGUAGUAUUGCAACCUUUUAUGCUGCAUCUCUGUGACAUUUUAAAAAGAAACUUUAUAAAAUGGCAACUCCUGGGGGAAAUACUGUUGGAAGCAAUAGCUCUCACCAGUGCAAGCUAUAUUAAUAUUUCUCUGCUGAGAGUUUUUCCAAAAAUAAACAUCAUGCCAAUAACAGCCCUGGAGUAGAUUUUAAGCUUUAACAUUAUAGUUCGCACAGCAAACUGUUCUAGCUCACAUAAACAGUAAGU